AUGACCAGCCAGCAGACGUCAGCAGCGUGCCAGCACCGGCACCGCCUGGCGCGGCCAGACCCACCUCGUCACCCGACGUACCAACAGCCCCUGCGACGAGUGGAGUCGCACCUGCCCGCCUUGCACGGCUGGAGCGGCUACUGGCAGGUCCCAGUCAAACCCGAGGACCACCCCAAAACAGCUUUCACCGCCCCGGAUGGCUGCAGAUUCCAGUUCUGUGCCAUGCCGUUUGGGUUGAUGGACGCCCCUACGAUGUUUCAGACCAUGAUGGCCCAUGUCCUGGACGGGUACGUGGGCGAAUUCGUCACGGCCUACCUGGACGACGUGAUUGUCUGUUAUAAGUCGUGGGAGGACCACACGGAUGCCUGCAAGGUGGGCAUGGGGGCAGUGCUAUACCAGGUCAGCCCCGACGGGGAGCGGAGUGUGUCGGAGUAUGCCAGCUCCAAAUUCUGGCCGGCUGCGAGGAAAAAUGACUUAAACUAG